UCUUUUCCCUCAAUCCACCUGUCAUCUUUUACUAUCCUAAAUUGACCAUCACAUCUUUUAUUCUUAUCACUUCCGGAUGUCAAAUGAGCAAUUAUGUGGUUACUGUAUCUUUUAAUUCUGAAACCAUUUUUGUCGUCUUCUAUAGACCUUUUACCGGCAAGUGUACCAAAUGUAUGUCCUUUCCGUCCAACCAGUUGUAAUUUAUUAUGCCCUUUUGGAUAUUUGAAAGAUAUUCUUCAACAAUGUAUCUGCACAUGUGCAAUGGAUCCUUGCCAGACGACAAUUUGUGGACCAUCAGAAAGUUGCAUUGCAAUUGGCGUGAAAGCACGCUGCAUUCCAAAGUUCGGAUCAAAUCGAGAAGAAUGCCCACGAUUAACUGGUGGUAUAUGUGCACUUCGAUGUGAAAAAGACUCUGAUUGUAGUGGUCGGUUGAUCUGUUGCUCGAACGGAUGUGGACGAGAAUGUGUUGCUCCAAUUGCUAAAAGUUUUCAAAUCGACAGAGAAGUUCCAAUUCAACCAGUUUCUUCAUCAUCUAAUAACAUCCCUGGUUCCUUUCAACGUCUCAUUAAAGCUGUAUCAAAUAUUGGAUCAACUCAUUUCAAUAUAACUCCAAUUCCACCAACGAUACGAAAUCUUGCGAACUCUCUAUUUCCAACUCCUUCACCAAUUCGUCCACUUCCUACAACAAAAGUCGGUCAAUGUCCUUCUCCAACAUCAAAUAAAUCAAUAUGCAUUGAUCAAAAACAAUGUGCAAAUGAUUUGGAUUGUGGUAGUGUUGAUAAAUGUUGUCAAAAUGCAUGUGGAUCAACUUGUAUGGAACCUCUCAAAGCAACUGGAUGUAUUCAUAUGGUUCUAGCAAUUUCGAAAUUAAAAGAUAAAAGACUUCCAAAUGAAUUUGUUCCAUUUUGCGAACGAAACGGACGAUUCUCAUCAAUUCAAUGUGAUAUUCAGUUUUGUUGGUGUGUCGAUGUACAUUAUGGCUCAGAGAUAGCUGGUACAAGAAUAAGUCGAGAACAACGAAGGAUUGAUAUGUGUAGAGAACCCCGUUUAUGUACGAAAAAGUGCCACAAUCAAUGUACUCAUGGACACGUUAUGGACAUUUUCGGAUGUCCUAUUGCAUCAUGUUCUUGUGUGGAUAUUUGUAGAAAUGUUAAUUGUGAAAAUACUUGGGAGCAGUGUCAGCUGGUUGAGCCCGAUUGUGCAAAUCCUCCAUGUCUCCCUGUUCCGCGAUGUCUGUUGAACCCAUGUAGGCACGGACCACCUUCUCGUCUUGGAAAUGGAAUUACAGCAUUGUGUUCUAUUGAUAAAGAUUGUCCCGAAGGAACUUGUUCAAAGAUUGGCUACAAUGGACUUGGAUUUUGUUGUUCGGGUCCAGCGUCAUCUACACGAGACGGAAGAUGUCCUUCCCAAGCCGCUGACAAAUUAAAGUGUCUCAUCUACCCUGAUAAUUCAUGUCACUCGGAUCACGAAUGCUCUGAAGAUGAGAAAUGCUGUUUCAAUGGCUGCACUUUAUCUUGCACACAGCCUGAAGAUUAUGUUCUGAAAAAACCAUUGAAACCAAUUGAGCCAGUGAUGCAUUACCAACCGGGCGAUGUUGAGAAGUAUAACAAGGGACAUUUGAGCUCUUUGGUAGCAGAUUGUAUUGAUAUCAUUGCAUCAAAUGUUAGCUGUGCAACUGAAUGUCAUUCUGAUUCUCAAUGUGCUGGAAUGAAGAGAUGUUGUAGACAAGGAUGUUCAACUUCGUGUAUGUAUCCAGUUCGGAGCACCCCUUGCUUUCAUCUUGCAUUGACAGCUGAAUUGUAUUCAUUAAGAAAUGCAAUGAAGUGUGACAGGGCAGGAAAUUUUGAACAAUACCAAUGUGACGAUGAAGGAUGUUUUUGUGUGGACAUAGCAACUGGAGAAGAGCUGCCCGGAUCGCGAGCCAUUGGAAGAAAACCGAACUGUGAAAGUAGAAACCCAUGUGAACCACUGGUUUGUAAAGUAGCAUGCCCAUUUGGUUUUGAAAGAGGAUCAAACUCCUGUCCAACCUGUAAAUGCAAAAAUCCAUGCAAAGAAGUAAAAUGUCCACAAGGAAGUGUAUGCGUUAUGAGCUCAAUUCAAUGUUAUCAGAAGGGAAACUGUGUUCCACAACCUAGAUGUGUUCUGAACUUUUGUCCAGCCGGAGAGCCAUAUAUUUCCAGUAUUGGAAAUGCUGAAAGUUGUACAAAAGAUGAAGAAUGCCCAACUUCAACUCACUGGUGUCAUAAACUUGGAUUGGCAUCUGGAGGAAUGUGUUGCCUAUCUCCACCUCUUGUCCGUCAUGCAGGUUCUUGUCCAAUUGUUCCUAUAAGUUUGGACGCAAAAAUGUGCAGGGUUUCUUGUAAAGUUGAUGAUGAUUGUAGUGGACAUCAAAAGUGUUGCUUUGAUGGAUGUGGGGCAGGAUGCAGAGAUAUUGCAACUCCUCUAAUUGAAAUAUCCAAAGAAAUAUUUGAGAAAGCUGGAACUUGUAUUUCUGAACAACGUGUUCUUUGUAACAGACUAGAAAAAAAUACCUGUGAAUAUGAUACUGAUUGUGCUGGAGUUGCCAAAUGUUGUGACGAUGGAUGUGUGAAAGCGUGUGCUUAUCCUCUACAAACAAGCAAAUGUCUUGUUCGAAAAACAAAUCUACAAAAGAUGGGACAAAUGGAUUUGAUCAAAUGCAGGCCAGAUGGAUCGUUUGAGCAAAUACAAUGUGACACUGAAUUUUGUUGGUGCGUGGAUGAAGAAGGAAAUUAUGUAGAAGGGACCAGAACUGGAGAAGAUAUUACACCAAACUGUCCAGAACCAUGUGAAAAACUUGAAUGUGGUACAAUUGGAUGCGAGUAUGGACAUAAAAAAGAUAAAAGAGGAUGUGCAACGUGUGAUUGUGUAGAUCCAUGUGAAGGUGUCACCUGUGGAAUAGAUUCUCUGUGUGUUCCAACUACAGUUCCAUGUGUUACGAAGCCAUGUCCAACGAUCCCUCGAUGUAUCAUAAAUCCUUGUCCAAUUUCUGAAGCAGUCAAAAAUGAGACAUCACUUCAUUUGAAGAAGUGUUACAGAAGUAAUGAUUGCUUUGAUGCAAUUAUGACUACGCAUUGUUCUAUGGUUACACAGGAAUUUGGAUUUUGUUGUACAGCUGAAUCACCUGAAACACACGUGGGCACGUGUCCAAAAAUAACAGACCUAAACACUGCAAAAGUUGAAAAAUGUAUUCAAGAAUGCAAAACCGACUCCGACUGUGGACAAACUUCAAAAUGUUGUUGGAAUGGAUGUGGGCUGACAUGUGUAACUUCAUCUAUAUCUCGCAUUGUACCUACUCCUUCAAUACAACAAACAAUGCCCGGAACUCAUUUUGGAGAGUGCCUGAAUGUUGCUCCACUUGGAGCAUUUUGUCUUCAACGACCUACAAUUGCAGACUGUAAAAAUGAUGAUGAUUGUCCUUCAUUGUAUAAAUGUUGUUCUGAUGGUUGUGUCAUGAGAUGUACUCAACCUCAUAGAGCUCCUCUUUGUAUUCAUCAAAGAAUUGCUGCAUUGACAAUUGCAAAAAGUGAAGGGGUCGAGUCAAAUGAAAAAGAUUCGGGAGUUUUCAUUCCCGAUUGUGAUUUGAAUGGAAACUUUGACGAAGUGCAAUCUCAUUUUGGUCUUAUGUGGUGUGUAGGUAGAUCAGGUCAAGAGAUCGCUGGUACCAAAUCAACACGAGUUCCAAAUUGUGAUGAUCCUCGACCUUGUCCAACAAGAUUUUGCGCCGAACAAUGUCCGUACGGAUUCAACAGUGAUAAUGAAGGAUGUCCAAUUUGUGACUGCAGAUCUCCAUGCGAAUUUUUGAACUGUCCCGCUGGAAAUGUCUGCCGAAUGAUUCCAGUUAAAUGUACUACACCGGAAUGUCGACCAGUUGCAAAGUGUAUUCCAAAUAUGUGUGGAACUGGAGAACCGCUUGCUCUUGAAAAUCAUCUCCUUGCCACGUGUUCACCAAUUUCAUCUUGCCCUGCUGGAUACCAUUGCAAAAACAGUGGAUACGGUGAUAUAUCAUUUUGUUGUUCAACUCCCGAAGUUGCUCAACAAUCACUCAGAUGUCCUGUUAUUCCGAUAAUGCUUGCUUCUGUUGAUGGAUCAUCUUGUGUUGUAGGAUGUAGACAUCAUUAUGAUUGUACUCAUUCGUCAUGUUGUUAUAAUGGUUGCGGUACUAGUUGCCAAUUUGAGACAAGACAACUAGCAAUUAAGCCAAUCAAAACAUUGAAACCAUUCAAGCCAUCAAAACCUUCGAAAACGACCAGACGGCCCAUUCUCAGCUCAUUAAAAAUCGAGAAGAAAGCUUCAAAAAUUGAAAACGUUAUUGUGGAGCAUCAUGCAGUUUUACCAGUUUCUCCAGCUCCUGGAAAACUUGGAACAUGCCCAAAGCUCCUCAUAAAUCCUGGAUGUACAGAACAAUGUAGUCAAGAUUCGGAUUGCCAUGGAUUUUUGAAAUGUUGCCAAGCUUCAUGUGGAACAAUGUGUUCUGCUCCCAGAAUUGCGACUGCUUGUAUUCAUAGACUUAUUGCUUUUGAGUCAAACAUUGCAUCUGAAAUUGUGAACUUGAUUAUUCCUCCAGUUCAAUGUACUCCUGAAGGCCUCUUCAGAAAGUAUCAAUGUGAUGCUAGAUUAAAUCAAUGUUGGUGUGUUGAUAAGGCAACAGGAGUUGAAGAAAUAGGAACUCGUCUGUUCACAAUCGGGCUUCAAUCACCAGACUGUAAUUUACCGAAAUCAUGUCCCACUCAAUGCAUUGGAAGUAGAUGUCCUUACGGCAUCAGAACUGAUGGAAGUGGAUGUCCAGCAAACGGGGUUUGCGAGUGUAUUAACAUUUGUAGUACUUUCAAUUGUCCCCAGAAUAUGGAAUGUGCACUUCGACGUGUAGAAUGUACAUCAAACCCGUGCCCAGAUGUACCAUUCUGCGUUGAAGUUCAAUGUCCAAUUCCACAACGAGAUUUGUAUCGAAAUGUUAUUCUGUGUGAAAAUGAUGGAGGUUGUGGCAAGAACUCAAAAUGUGUAUUAAACCCGAAAACGGAGAUGGGAAUAUGUUGUCAUCAGAAGCAUACACAGUCAUCCGUACUUAAUCUGAUAUCCCCGGCAAUUGUGGCAGCAGCUCCGGAAGUUAUCGAGGCAACAACGAUCGUCGACCGAGGGAACUCACCAGUGGUCGUCGAAGCAGUUCCGAUGUCUCUUUCAACAAAUUGUACAACAAUGCGAAUAGCCCUUGAAUACCUACACCAGAACGGCGCAGUUCUAAAAUCCCCACUACCAGUAUGCAGUAGAAAUGGAAACUACGAUCAGACGCAAUGCGACAACAAACGAUGUUGGUGUGUCGAUGAAUUGAGUGGAGAAGAGAUUCAUGGAACACGAAAGAAGAAAACAAAGAAUGCGUGCAAGUCGCAGUCAAUGUGUCUAUCAAAAUGUUCGACCAGUCUUUGCCCAUACGGUCUUGUUCUUGAUUCAAUCGGUUGUCCAAGAUCAGAAUGUAUUUGUAAAUCAGCAUGUGAACAUGUUGAGUGUCCCAAUGCGCAAGUCUGUAUACUACGAAAAGCUGAUUGUCCAAACAAAUGGUGCCUCCCAGUACCAACUUGUGAGAAAUCUCCCUGUAACAGUGGAUUGCGUCCUCUUAUAGAGACACGAACCCGACAACAAUACUCGUGUACGCAGAGUACAGUUUGUCCAGUUGGAUAUUAUUGUACUGCAUUUGAUGAUAAUAUGCAUGGUGUUUGUUGUCCUGGAGCAAAUUCUAUCAAAAGUAUCGGAGAACAUAAUGGGCUUACAUGCCCCCAUGGAGAUCCAUUCUCAUCACUCGCAGACGGCACACCAUUCUCAUGUACUGUACUGACUAACGGAUGCCCAGCAACUCAUUACUGUUCAACAAUGCCUGGCCAAAAGAAGGGAAUUUGUUGUGUUUCAAAGAGAUAUGUAUGUAAUCUUCAAAGAGAUGCUGGGCCAUGUACCGCAACAGUAACAAGAUUCUUCUACUCUUCUCUUACUCAUUCCUGUACUCCAUUUGAUUAUGGUGGAUGCUCUGGAAACUUAAACAAUUUUGCUACUCGUGAUGAUUGCAAUAAUUUCUGUGCAGGAAUUGGUUUGGAUCUGUCUUCUCCUUAUGAUCAUGCAAGUGCUCCUGUACCAACCGAAUCUUAUCAAAUUGCUUUCACUCUUUCUGGUGGAAAAAUUAAAAGCACAAAAAUGCAAGAUGCUGAAAUCCAACUUAUCAACACACUGGUUGAACGUUUCAAAAUUCCACGUGGAAGCAUUGAAGAUGUAAUUCUUCGGGAUGACAACACUGUCAAAUUCACAAUUCGUGAUGUUGAUGCUCGACGGUUUGCAAGAGAAGUAUCUGAAAAAGUGUCAACUGGUGAAUGGACAAUGACCCUCUCUGGGCAAAAACUGACAGCAGAGCCUCAUACGUUGACAGCUUCACAUGUUUCAAACGAGCACGGAAGGAAAAAUACGGCCCAGGUUAUCCUUUAUGCAAUAUUACUCGCAGCUUCAAUCUUCCUUCUGUGUGUUAUCUGUCUAAUUGGUUUUUCUUGUUUCUGCUACUACAGAAAUCAUCCAAAAGAUAGAGCUCACACUCCGACCAACACUACAACAAUAACUGAACCUCGAAGUCGUCAAACUGGACUUCGUCGGGUAUUUUCACGAGAUGAAAUAUCAGAAUGUUCUGAUUUUAAUCGUCCUCCAAUGCACGACGUUUCAAUGCUCAACCGUGAUAGAGGACAUCCUCGUUCACAAAGUUGGCUCUCAAUCGGUUAACAAUACGUGUUUUAUAAUUAAUUCAAUACUUAUACUAUGAUACUUUCACAUCCUUGCCAUAUUGUUUUCAGCUAGCAUAUAAAUAUUAUUAUAAUUAACUUUGUUACCAGGUGAA